UAUCGUUAGUUGAACCAACAGGAGUAAAAUGAACUGGCAAGCCGCUUGCUUCAUCAGUCAGCGAAGCGGUGGUUGUCUGGAAGAGUGCAUAUUGUGGGUAUCUCGCUUAGUCGUGGUGUGAAUGCAACCUUUUUUGGAAAUAGUCGGCUUUGUACUUGGUAAAUCGUCCUGUUCCAAGGAGACGAUAUAUCGACCAAGCGUGGCAGAACGAGAUGGGGAACGGAUUAUCAGAGCCUCACACCGUCUUCUCCUGUUUGCCAUCCUUCCAGGCCCUGCACAUUGUUAUUCUUGGUCUGGACUGCGCUGGCAAGACCACGGUAUUGUAUCGUCUGCGCUUCAAUGAGUUUGUGAAUACUGUACCAACUAAGGGCUUUAACACAGAGAAGAUCAAAGUGACUCUGGAGGGGAAAGGCCGGACUGCGGCCUUCCACUUCUGGGACGUGGGGGGUCAGGAGAAGCUUCGGCCUCUGUGGCGCUCAUACACGCGCUGUGCUGAUGGCUUGGUGUUUGUGGUGGACUCGGUGGAUGCUGAGCGCAUGGAGGAGGCAAAAACGGAGCUUCACAAGAUCACGAGGCUCCAGGAGAACCAAGGCGUGCCUGUGCUGGUGGUAGCCAACAAACAGGACCUACGCAGCGCGCUGCCCCUGGGUGAGGUGGAGAGGAUGCUGGCUCUGCAUGAGCUGGGCAGCCACACACCCUGGCAUCUCCAACCAGCAUGCGCCAUCAUAGGCGAAGGCCUGCAGGAGGGCCUGGAGCGUCUCCAUGGCAUGAUCGUCAAGCGACGGAAGAUGAUGAGGCAGCAGAAACGGAAAAGAUGACUGGGAUGGUCAACGUGAGAAGGGACUACAGGGCUUGCUCACUCCACGAGGCUGGGGCCAGUCACGACAUGCGCUGCUCGCCUGAAUGACUGUGCACUGGGGGAUUGAUUUGUGCUGGCUGAGUUUUAUCAGUCUGAUGGAGCAAGAUGAACACACUCCAAAGAUACGGGACAGCACACUCAUCGACAACUGAACACUGUUUUGUCACUCUUGUUGUGGAGGAUAGAAGUCAUGGCAUGGUGUGGAUGACAUCGUAGGAUUUCUACAUGAAGAAAAUGUUAUGCUAAUUCAAUGGACAUGCGGUUUGUUGAUUUUUGUUUAGCAUUAAACACUGGAUAGAAACUGUUACAUUAAAGAUGGCUCACUCCUGAAGAAGUUGAGGCCCUUUUAUCUCCAGUGUUAAUUUUCUAUUAUGUUUGGACACAAUGUGAAUUGAUGAAAGGAUAAAUUACCAAAGCCUCUGUAAAGUUAAGUGUUCCAAAAUGUGAAAUGUACAUGUUCAAACGAUCUGUCAUUUCUGUUAGUAUAACAUGGGCCUUUUCUGUCUUUACAGUACCAUUGUUGCACAACAGAGGUGUGGUUAUAUGGGGAACUAGGAUAAGUUUUAUCACAAAGUUUGAGAGCACACAGACAUUUUGAAAUUAAAAUGUUAACAAGGUGUUUCACCAGCUAAAAUGCCUUCAGUUUUGCACACUGCAGUAUGAAUAGCAGCAAGGCCAGGUAAAUGGGCCCAGGACUUCUGCCAUGGUUCCUGGAGUUUCUCUGUCUACAUAAGAAGUGGAUUACUUGUGUUCUUUGUAGUUCAAUACACAUGUGCUUCCCUCUACAUUUAAUGCACUUUAGCAUUCCCCUUUUGUAGUCUAUGAACCUGUAAAUUCAGAUUUUUGUAUGGAACUUAUGACCGUAAAGAUGUGAUAUAUUGCUUCAAAAGAAGCGUUUUUAUAAGUCCUACUUUGUUUCACACUCAAGUGUCUCAUUUUAUCACUUAGUAUGUGUGUGAUGCAGGGAUGUUCAUAUUUGUGUCAAUUUAUACAUCUUGAAUAAAACACCUAGACUGAAAUUGAA